AAUCCCAACCAUAUCAGCAACAAGGAUAUCAUCCAACGUCUCAACUUUUUGUACCAAGCCAGCACCCUGCUCGGCACCAUAUCGCAUCCUUCCCCUGCGCACACAUCGGUGACAUGCAGCCCAGACGCACGACAUCAGCCAAAGCGCAACAGAGUUGUCACAACUUCUGAACUCUCAAGGAGCUAUAUAGAUACAAUGAAGAUCGUCGGGCAGAAAACUAACACGAAGAUAGACCCCUCCGUCAAGCGCAGUUUGUGCAAAAGCUGCAGCUCGGUACUUGUGCCGGGCAUUUCCGCUACGGUCCGGGUCAAAAAUUCGGCUUCACACGGCCACCUCGUUUCCUAUGUAUGUCAUGUUUGCCAGUCGGAACGUCGCAUACCGGCUCCGCCU